AUGGCGACCAUGGCCAACGACAUCAAGGACCAUGCAGCAACACGCCAACCCACGAUCAAAGUCACAGCCCGACACGACCGAUCCUUCAUGGUGAUGCUCCUCCAAACCUUCAUCCGACCCUUCAACCAGCGCCUCGUGUCCCACUCGAAAGAAUACCCAGCCGGCUCACCACAGCUCCCACCACAUAGGAAAGCAAAGAAGAAGCUUGACAUUUCAGAACGGAAAGUGGACGAUGUAUACCUAUACCGUCUCUCCCCGAAGCACAGUCCGUCCAACGAGAAGAAUACUCGCAAACGACGCUUAUACUACUUCGCCGGUGGAGGAUGGCAGAUGCCAGCCAGUAGCGAACAUUGGUCCUUCCUCACGGAACUCUGCCUCAACCUCCCCGAGACAGCCAUUACGCUCGUCAGCUACCCUCUCGCGCCGCACAGUCCUGCGCCGAUUGCCUUCCCAAUGCUCAUGAGACUCUACCGGACACUCAUGCAAGACGCCGCCAACGCAAACGAAGAAGUGAUCCUAGCCGGCGACUCAGCAGGCGGCAACAUCGCCCUCGCGCUCGUAAUCGCCGCUCUUGCCGAAGACGCCGCCUCAGCGACAUGUCCGCCCUGUCCCGCCGCUAUCCUCGCCCUCUCGCCCUCAACCGACAUGCGCCGCUCCAACCCGACCAUGAAAGAGAUAGAAAAGCUCGACCCUCUUCUCCGAAUCCCCUUCGCCCACAGCACCGCAGCAGCAUGGUGUGGAGAAACGAGUCAAGAAUGCCAGGCGUGGGAGAGGAGUGAUGUAAGAGUAUCGCCUUUGCUCGCGGAUCUGGGACCACUGGCGAAGAGGGGGGUCAAGGUGCAUGGUGUGACGGGGAGGUAUGACAUUUUGUCGCCGGAUGCGGUGUUGUUUAGGGAGAAGUGUGAGGAGGCCGGGGUGGAGGGGGAGUGGUUGGAUUGGGAUAAGCAGAUUCAUGUUUUUCCGCUGAUUUUCUCGUUUGGGUUUAGGGAGGGGAUUGAGGCGAAGGAUUGGAUUUUGGAGGUGUUGAGAAGGACAUAG